UUCACAACACAAACAAGGAUCUCUUUCGUCCUCGGGGACCCGCCGGAUCGUGGAUAAUUUCCCAACACGCAAUCAACAUUCCCGUGGACAACCUGGCUUGUUAUUCGAUUGACCUUGCCCUCGGCCCUUCCCUAGUUCGCCACUGAAGCACUCAUCAGAGCCGUUUUGAACCUCGGAAUCCCUCUUUAAUUCCUCAUCCUAGAUGAGUGGGGUGGGUCCUGGCCGGGUCCUCCCUUGAGUGGCAGGCAGGCAUUGGACAUAGACAUUGGAAGGGUGGGCUCAACCGUGUUGACAGCCUAGGAUCCGGUGGAGUGUUCGACUGAUCGAGUGAUCGACGGAUGGACUGAUCGACAACCCACCCGCACCAGGAGGAUGCCCAAAGUCUGGUCCGAAUAUUUGUUUGAUCGCUCCUUAGGGGCGACCAGUCCCGUCCGUGGCGGGGCUUGGAGUCAUGGCCAAUGCCUGGCCCAGCUUCACCAAUCCUGGACCGGACCAGGCUCGGUUGGGGCUGCCCAGGACGCUCGCCCAGCCACCACCUCUUACCGGGGACUGGCCUUGGAGCCUAGUUUAGCCGGUGGGAUCUAUAAUCUGGACUACAAUCCCGACGGGUCGGUGGUGGUGGCCGCUUGCGAGCAACGCAAUAUUCUCCUCUGUGAUCCCCGUCUCCAGCGGGUGGUGAAUAUCGUGUACAAAGCUCACAACGAUGGCGUCAACUGUGUCAGAUUUCUGGAUCAGCAUACGUUUGCCACAUGUUCGGAUGACAAUACUGUGGCACUGUGGGACGCCCGAUAUUUAGACUCUCGUCUGCGUACAUUGGCCGGUCAUUCCAAUUGGGUCAAAAACAUCGAAUUCUCGGCCAAAGAUCAGCUCUUGCUUAGUUCCGGCUUUGAUGGGGCCGUCUAUUUGUGGGAUAUCAAAAAGUGCUCGGAAAGUGAGCCCAAUCAUCGCAAAAUCCUCUACAGUAACGGUCUCAUGCGAAUGAAAAUGUCGCAAGGAUCGGAGCGUAUGGUUAUCACCACCAUGAACGGUUACAUCAUGGUCAUUCACGAUCUCGACCUCCAUCACCUCGAAUCCGAUUUGUACGGUUUUAAAGCCAACACUUAUCGACUGAUGCAAAUUUCGGGUCAAAUGAUGCCUGGCGCCAUAGAAUAUUCACGACUGUUCCAAAACAAGCGCAAUCGAAUCGAGUUCAUCAGUGAUUUCCCGGCGGACAAUGAUGCUGAAAUCAUCUCCAGCCUUGAAAUUCAUCCUCAAGGUUGGGUAGCUGUCACGAGAAACGUAUCUGCCGAUGAAGGGUCUGAGUGGUGUUGUGUGCAUGAUAUUCAUUCUCCGGCCCAAGAGUCCAUGUCCAGUCUGGAAGACGAACAAAGUCGCCUUCCUCUUGAUCCCUCAUCCCCUCGAAUUCGUGGCAAUGCAUCAUCCAGACGCAGUAGCUCGUCGGGUUUAUUUCGAUUGGCCAACUACCUCGCAUCUUCCAACCGCCUAGGAUCAUCCAAUCCACCGCAAAGAGCGGGUGAAGGCGAUGAUCCUAACCCGGAAAGUUCGGCCAAUCCCAUGCCGGUGGGUGAAGGGACGUUGGCCAGGGAAAUCACCACAGAUGGCGAUCGACCCCGAAUCCAUAUCCGAUCGCGAGCAGUGGCCAUGGAAAGUCUUCAAAUAUUGCAAACCCUGGCACGUCGUUAUGAAAUGGCGGGUGAAGAAGCCGAAUCCUCGGGUAAUGGCGAAUCAGAGGUCGGUGGCGAGUCGGAUGUCCCUCACAGACGAAGACGACGAACAAGAUUGCUUGCCGAGGGGUCUGAGGAUGCUUCUGGAUCGUCGCCAAAUAGCAACGACCUUCGUGCUGCGAGCUCGCCGUCUUUUGAAGGUGCCAACCCGAUGGUGAUUGAUGUCAGAUCCCCUUACCAUCACCGGGUGGUGAGGAAAGUACCUUUGAAAGAGGCUAAUAUUCACCUCAACCUCCCACGUCUGACCCAUUACAUUCAGGAAUCCCACACUGGGCAAGGAUUCAUUAAAGAAAUCUCAUUCAGCCCCGACGGACGAGUGUUCUGCUCCCCUUUUGGAUUUGGGGUGCGUAUACUGGCUUUCGAUCCAAAGUGUCAGGAUUUGUCGGAUACUAUCCAUGAAGUGGAAAGUAAUGGACCUCGAGAGCUCCACGAAGUGGGCUUAAUCAAGGGCCAUCAUAGUGGCUCUGUGCUCUCCUGUGCCUUCUCUCCAACUCAACACAUACUCGUCACUGGUUGUCGAAAUGGCCAAAUUGCCUGGCAUCACCCUGCAUUAUGAUGUCAGAGAUCUGCGAUGCCGGAAAAUGAUAGGCUGACGAAACAAAUUCGUGUCAGCAAAUUCAUUUGAGUUUAUUUAUAUAAAAAAUAUGUUACAUAAAGUGAAGGUCUUUCGUCAUGUUA